CUUCCUCCCAGGCCUAAUCACCCAGGCCUGCGCCCGCCACCAGAGACCAUGGGCGCCGCGGGCUCUUCGGCGCUGGCCCGCCUCGGCCUUCCCGCGCAGCCCCGGCCCGUGUGGCUUGGGGUAGCUGCCCUGAGCCUGGCCGCGGUGGCGCUGGGGACCGUCGCUUGGCGCCACGCACGACCCAGGCGGCGCAGGCGGCUGCAGCAGGUGGGCACCGUGGCGCAGCUCUCGAUCUACCCGAUCAAGUCCUGCAAGGGGGUGCAGGUGAACGAGGCGGAGUGCACCGCUAUGGGACUGCGCUGUGGCCACCUGCGGGACAGGUUUUGGCUGGUGAUUAAGGAAGAUGGACACAUGGUGACUGGCCGGCAGGAGCCUCGUCUGGUGCUGGUCUCCAUCACUUAUGAGAACAACUGUUUGAUCCUCAAGGCUCCCGACAUGGAACAGCUGGUUUUACCUGUCAGGCUGCCUUCCUCAAACCCCCUCCACGAUUGCAGGCUAUUUGGCCUUGACAUUAAAGGCAGAGACUGUGGUGAUGAGGCCGCUCAGUGGUUCACCAACUACUUGAAAACAGAAGCAUACAGGUUGGUUCAAUUUGAAACAAGCAUGAAGGGAAGAGCAUCAAAGAAAAUUUUCCCUUUUGUGCAGAAUUACCAGGUAGCUUAUCCAGACUGCAGCCCAAUCCUGAUCCUCUCAGAAGCCUCCCUGGAAGAUUUGAAUACCAGGCUAGAGAAGAAAGUAAAAAUGGAGUACUUCAGGCCAAAUAUUGUAGUGACUGGCUGCGAUGCUUUUGAGGAGGAUUGCUGGGAUGAACUCCUCAUUGGUGAUGUAGAAAUGAAGAAGGUCUUGUCUUGCCCAAGGUGCAUUAUGACCACAGUGGACCCAGAUACUGGAAUCAUAGACAGGAAGGAACCGCUGGAAACCCUGAAGAGCUACCGCCUGUGUGAUCCAUCUGAGAAACAAAUAUACAAGUCAUCCCCACUUUUUGGAAUUUAUUAUUCAGUGGAAAAAAUUGGAAACCUGAAAGUUGGUGACCCUGUGUAUCAGAUGGUAGAGUGAUGGAUCUACUGGGCUAACAUAGUGAAAGCUUUAGCAUCCAGGAGGCAUUGAUCAGGAUUAUACCAACAGCGGCAACAAUAUCUCAGUGAAUCUCUAUUACCCAGGCUUGAACCAUCUUUCUCCUGGAAUUGAGUCUCUAUUUUUGACGUUUCAGAGUUAUGUGUGCUCUGAGUUAAUGCAAGGAAAGUAUUUGGAGGUAAUUUGGGAAUACAAAGGUAUAUAAAUUUUAGGUAAUGAAAGCCUUUGAAAUAAAAUUGUCUAUAAAAUUAUUUUGAAUGAUACCAGAACUGUCAUAUUUUCUAAUACCUGACUCUAAUACUAAUGAAUAUAAGAAAGUUUAAAGUCAGCUAAAAAAAAAAAAAAAACUCCAAGAAAAAAAAUUUAAAUGUGUGCAUUUUAUUGCCUAUCAUUCUUCAUUUUAGGACAAAUGCAAACACAAAUCAUUUCCUGGUACACCUUUACAUGUUAACAUGCUCACAAAUGCCUAACAGUUGGUCUUGAUCUGGCUCUUGAGCCCUAUUGAUGUUUCAUUCAUUUGUUUGUUUUUACCCUAUCACUGUGGAAUCAGGGUCAUAUUUGAGUAUAGAAAUUAUUUUAUAGACCUCAAUUUUAUAUUUGAUUAUGCCUGUAUUAAGCCAUAUAAAAAUAAUUUGUGUCUGCCAAUAUACCACAUGGAAUUCCCAGGAAGAUAAAGAGGAGAAGGGAAUAUAAAAGAAAGUAGGAUUUUGAGGCUAGGAAUGGAAAGAAGAAAGCAUGGACAGACACAUUUUUAGAAAUAUAUAUGUAUUUUUUACAACAAAGAGAAAUGAACUGUUUUGAUGACUAAGCAAAAAAUACUCACUGAAGUAAUAUAUGAUUAACCCACUUAUAAUCUUCUGGUUUCUUUAUGAUUAAUAAAUGUGAAUCUCAGUCCUA